AUGCAUCCCGAGCAGGUGCUGCGCCUGCUCCUCGGGGAGAGCUGGCCGGACGCGGCGUGGGACGAGCGCGGGUCCGGCUCGGGCGAGUCGGGCUCGGGCGGCCUCGAGCCCAUGCCCAUGAACCGUCCGGAGUGGGUGUUUUUCGGGCUCCUGACGUUUUGCGAUGUGUUUGUGCUGCUGCUGCUCGUCUCCUCCAUCGGCGGCUUCAUCGGCCGGCUGUGUGACCGGCGCACCACGCGCACCGGCCACAGCGAUUCCACCUCCCGCCUCCGCGCCGCGCUCGCCACGCAGUCGAUGACUGUCAUCGUGCCGUGCUACUUGCCAAACGAGCAGCACAUCCUCAUGGAGACGGUGGAGCACAUCCUGUCGCGGCUCGAGUACCCGGCCGCCUUCACGCUCAUCCUGUGCUACAACACGCCCACGCCCCUCCCCGUCGAGGCCGACCUCGCGCGGCUCGACGGCAAGGUUUACCCGGGCGGCCGCACACUGCGGAUCCUCAACGUCAUCGGCUCGCACUCUAAGGCAGAGAACAUCAACGCAGCGAUGAGCCGGAUGGUGGACUCGGAGCUGGUCGCCAUCUACGACGCGGACCACCACCCCGACCCCGAGUCCCUCCUCGUCGCCACCGCCUACAUGCGCGCGUACGGCGUCGACUGCGCCUACUGGAUCAACGCCGAGUUCUUCGUCACUCACUUCGUCUACUUCCCCGCGCUGCAGUUCAUCACCGCGAUGGGCGUCUUCGGAGGCUCGAACGCGGUCUGGCGCGUCGCGACGCUGAACCAGUACCAGUUCCGGUGCGACGUGCAGACCGAGGACAUCGAGCUGUCCACGCGCGUCGCUCUCGGCAGCGUGCGCAUCCUCCGCUUCUGCCCCGAGGCGCGCUCGGGCGAGCUUCCUCCGAGCGGCUUCAAGGCCCUCUACCGCCAGCGGCUCCGGUGGGCCAUCGGGUGGGACCAAGUGAGCAUGGAGCACUUCCGCGGCAUCUUCCGCUCGAAGAUCUCGUGCUACCGCAAGCUCGGCCUGCUCUACCUCCUGCCGAUGCGCUGGCUCAUCGUCCUCACCGCAAUCUUCAACGCCUGCAUCGCCCCCUGCCUCUCGCUGGUGGUCCUCAUCUGCAUCUCCCUCUGCCGCAUCUGCACUGGCAGCGACGGCGGCUGGGCCGUCACCAAGCGGGCGCGCGACACGCAGCACUUUGGCGACCUGGACGAGCUGGAGGCGGACCCGAAGGGACUGCGGCACACGCUGCCGAGCGGCGCAGCAGGCGCGGGCUCGCGCACCGCGGCCAGUCGGCCCGCGAGCCUGAGACCGCGCGGCGGGCCGGACGGCGCCAGCCUCGCGGCGGCGGAGGAGGGGGGCGGAGAGUACGCGCCGUUUGAGGAGGGAGGCGGAGGCGGAGGCGGCGACGCCGACGCCGCGCCGACGCCGCCGCCCGCCAUCGCCACCGCGGUCGCGGGCGCACCGCCAGACUUUCGGCAACGGCAGCAGUGA